AUGUCAGACUACCGGCUUUCUUUUCUUAUUGGAUGCUUAAAUUGGUUAAUUCUCUGCACCGGUUCAAUGAUCGUUGAUAAGAACGCAACAGAGAUCGAUGUCGCGGCCAAAAUCUUAUCGCGACCUAAGAGGUACUUGAUUUUUCCGCAGGGUAGUAAUUUUCAGUUAGUGUAUUGUCUGACUAUCGGAGCGUACGGCCGAGAAGGUGAUUUGGUGCUGGGACUGACAGCUGCCUUAGCCUGGGAACUUCCGAAUAAGGUCGACUCAAAGAUAUCGAAUUUGCUUCACCGUCGAAGCCGUAGCGUCGUAUAUCCGAAAAUGGAGGCUUUCCUACAAUCCACCGGCCUCGACGGUAGAUCCUGCGUGAUGAGGGCCCUCUGCGAAGCGGGCCAGCGGGAUCCCACUCAAAUAGGUACGGGCUCCUUCGUUCAAGAACUUCUCCACGCAAUUUUCACGUUGCCGAUGGACGGCGGCAGAUUCGAACGAUCGGAAGAUCAGGCUUACGAUCGCGCGUACGAGACGAAUGGAAACUGCGAGACAAUGUAUCCGACGUGUCGAUACUCCAUUUACGACAUGGAUUUUUGAAAGUGCGAGUGACUUUGUUUCCCGAAAGCAAUGACAACGUGACAAGCGCACAUCUGAUAGCGAGGCCUUAGCCGACGAUAUAGCCGAUUUUUUCAGCCUGACAUCUGCCCUGGCCUCGCGCGUGUUAAUCCGCGAAUAUCGAUCUCCGAUUACUGCGAUAAAACGCGUUGACCUAUCGCAUGGUCGG